AUGCCGCCAUUGCCAACCCAAGCGCUGCUCUUUUUCCUCUUCGCCGUUGCAGCCUUCGUCGGCCUAUGCGCGACCGCGAGAAAGAAGAGAAACCAGUCGGUGGAGUCCGCCGGCAGCAAAGCCACGAAGCAACUCGCGGAGACGGCUGUGUCCGCUUGGGACGCUCUCGAGAAGGACAGAGAAGGGGACAGCAGCAUGGCGUUGCCCCUUUGGCAGAGGAGGAUACUGAUGGGAGAGAGAUGCGAGCUGCCCAAGUUCAGCGGCCUCGUUCUCUACGACGAGCUCGGCCGUCCCGUCCGCAGCAGCUCCAGCCAUGACAGUCUUCUCAAGGUGAUCAGCAAACGCAAGCUUAAUCAUCCAACUCUUUACAUCUCGUUGAUGUUUGCUUCCACUGCAUGCAUGCAGGUGAAGCCAACGCCGGCAGUGACUACGCUCAGAGACUUGCUAGUUUGA